AUUACUAAAAAAUAAAACUCAAAAAACUUUCCUUUCACAGUUUCACUUCAUUUCAUACAACUCUCUCUCUCGAUUCUCACUUCAGGAUCCGAAACCAUGAGUUUUAGAGACCCGAACCCAGUAACCACCACACCCGGAACCAAUUCGGAUCCUGCCGGGUUCGCUAUAAACAGCAGAAUCAUGCUCACCGCCAUAAUCAUAAUCUUAUUCGUCGUCAUUUUAAUGAUCUCUCUCCAUCUCUACUCUCGUUGGUACCUCCUCCGCUCUCGCCGUUUCCAUCUCCGCCGCUUCGAUCGCCGUAAUCGCGCCGCCGCCGCAAUCAUCUACUUCGCCGAUCCUUCCUCCACCACCGCCGUCGUCACCACCACUCGCGGCCUCGACCCUUCCGUCAUCAAAUCGCUUCCCGUCUUCACGUUCUCCGCCGCAAACGCAAACGCGAUCGAUUGCGCGGUUUGUCUCUCGGAGUUUGAGGAUAACGAAACGGGUCGGGUUUUGCCCAAUUGCAAGCACGUGUUUCACGUCGAGUGCAUCGAUAUGUGGUUUCGUUCUCAUACCUCUUGUCCUCUAUGUCGAUCGCUCGUCGAGCCUGUAGCCGGAGAAGUGAAAUCAACGGUGGAGGAAGUCGCGAUUUCGAUUUCUGAUCCGGUUUCCGGUGACGACCAGGGUUCGAGACCUGAAAUUUGCGAUACGGACCGCGUCGGAGAAGCUGGGGCUCAUGAGAAUUCGGAUCCUGGAGAUUCCCGGAGAAAACCGGCGGCGAUUGAAAUCCCGAAGAGGAAUCUCGGAGAGUUAGAGAACGAUUUGACUCGGAGUAACUCGUUUAGGUCGCAUGAGUCGAGUGAUAUCUUUCACACGGAUUUUGAGUCGAACGGAGAAGCGCUUCUUCUUCUUCUUCUAUCGGGUUUCCGUCGGUGGUUUCGCCGCCGGCUUGUAGCAUGCCGGUGACGGAUUUAGAUAUCGAUUUCGGAGGAGAAGAUACUCGUUGACUUUAGCAGUCAAUGUAACGCCACGUGGACACGUAUGAUUGGUGUCAAGUUUUUAGAUGAGAUGCAAAGUUAAAAUUGUAAAAUAAUUAUUUUUUUGCCAUAUGAGUCAAAUGAUAGAUUUCUAUAUAUGGCAUCGAUCCAAUUCUAAGCUGGACUGAUUUCUAAAUAUCACAUAAACGUCUCGAUGAGGAACUGUUAUUUCAAAAUAACGGUCGUGAAAUCCAAAAAAAUUAUUGUGUUUUUUUUAGUUGGGUGGAUAGUUGUUUUGCGUUUUUGA